GCAGCUAUGGCCAAGUGCCACACAGAUUGCAUAGAGAAACCCCUGGUGAUCUGUUUUCAGAGGCUCGGCUAUUUUAUCGGGUCCCAUCCCUUGUGGUUCCUGAUCAUCCCCCUCAUUCUCGCCGCAGGUCUGGGGAGCGGAUUUUACUUUCUCGACGACAGGUUGUCCAACGACCUCGAAAAACAGUUCACACCUAGUGACGGACAAGCCAAGACGGAGAGGAAAUACGUCCAAGAAACUUUUCCGGGAAACGACUCCAUGUUUUCAAGCUUGAGGCUGAGCACAGACGGGAAUUUUGCCACUUUCAUAGCUACGAACGACAGAAAUAUCCUGACAGUGGAGUCACUGCAGGAAAUCCUACAGUUGGAUAGCAAAAUCAGGAGUAUGGUAGUGGAGUUUGACGGCCAGUCAAUUGCAUUUAAAAAUGUUUGUGCUGUCUUGAUGGGAUCCUGCAUCUCUAAUGAUAUUCUAGAUGUUAUUGACUACAAUGCCACCCACAUAGAAGCUGUCAAUUUGACAUAUCCAUGGUAUUUCUUAGGAUUUCAGAAUAUUCCUCUGUAUCGAAGUCUGGGGAGUGUGAAAUUGUACGAGGGUACUUCACGUGUUGAAAAUGCUCAAGCCAUUCAGCUUUAUUACUAUUUACGAGAGGAAGACAAAUCAAAAACAGAUCUGUGGCUGAAAAGUUUCAUAAAUUUGGUUGCAAACGAACCAACGACUUCUAUUCGGGUGUCAUACUCCACCUCAAUGUCAAGACAGUGGGAAUUUGAAGAAUCGCCAGAUUCCGUCAUCUCUCUAUUCUCCAUCACGUAUACCAUCGUCAUCACCUUUUCAAUCCUAUCAUGUUGGAGGAUGGAUAAUGUGCGGUCGAAGGUGUGGGUUGCAACAUGUGGGGUGAUCGCCACAGGUAUGGCUGUGCUGAGUGGUUUUGGAAUGCUGCUGUUGAUCGGAGAACCUUUUGUGAUGACAGCGGCCUCCUGUCCUUUUCUGAUAUUAGGUAUUGGAAUUGAUGACAUGUUCAUCAUGAUCUCCUGCUGGCAGAGGACCAAAGUUCAUGACAGCGUCCCCGAGCGGCUGUCCAACACCUACCGGGAGGCUGCCAUCUCCAUCACCAUUACCACGCUGACCGAUGCUCUGGCUCUUUUCCUGGGCUGCAUCACUUCCUUUGGCUCCGUCCGGUCCUUCUGCCUCUAUGCUGGGAUUUCUAUAUGUUUCUGCUAUUUGUACAACAUCACUUUCCUGGGGGCUUGCAUGGCUUUGAAUGGUCAGAGGGAGGGGGAGAACAAGCACUGGUUCACCUGUGCCAAAAUCCUAGAAGACGUACCUGAUGGGAAAUCAAAAGCCUCCAGAAUCUGCUGUUUUGGAGGAAGAUACGAUCAAACCACUGGAAACGAGGAAAGUGAGCUCAUGAGCCGCAUUUUUGAGAAAAAAUAUGGCCCAUUUCUAACCCACAAAGUGACUAAAUCAAUUGUAGGUGUCAUAUAUGUAGCCUAUCUGGCCGUUAGCAUCUAUGGUUGUACGACCUUACAGGAGGGACUGGAUAUCAGCAAUCUGGCUUUGGAUGACUCCUACAUUAAAGAAUACUACGAUGAUGAAAGGCUGCAUUUCUCUGAAUAUUACUACAGUGCAAUGGUGGUAAUAAAACAACCCAUCGCAUACUGGGAUAAGGAAGAACUGAAGACUUUGGACACAUGCAUUGCAGAUUUUGAAAGUUUGAAGUAUGUCAAUAAUACAUUUGCUUGGUUUCGUUAUUAUCAAGAGUAUGCAAAUGGUUGGAAGCUCAACAUAAGCUAUCAAGAGGCUUACCAAACCAAUCUGACCUAUUUCUUAGCAUCCAGUCCAUUAUUCAGAGAAGACAUCAACAUGACAGCGGACGGUGUGAUUCAGGCCUCUCGCUUUUUCAUUCAGACGCUAGACAGAAACACAGAGGACGACAUGAUGACCGGCCUCAGGACAGCAGCAGAGAAUUGUCCAAUAGAUCUCUUGGUCUAUCACCCUGCUUUCAUCUACUUUGACCAGUACACUGUCAUCGUGGGCAACACCAUCCAAACCCUCCUGGUGGCUGUGGUUGUGAUGCUCAUCAUCGCACUCGUCCUGAUACCCAGUCCUGUAUGCUCGCUUUGGGUGGUGUUUGCGAUUUGCUCGGUCAUUGUUGGCGUGACAGGAUUCAUGGCACUGUGGAGCGUAAGCCUGGACUCCAUUUCCAUGAUCAACCUCAUCAUGAGCAUUGGGUUCUCUGUGGAUUUCUCAGCACAUAUUUCUUACGCCUUCGUCUCCAGUAGCGAGUCUGAUGUCAAUAAGAGAGCUAUGGAUGCCUUGGCCCAAUUAGGGUAUCCUGUUCUUCAAGGAGCACUGUCCACUAUUUUAGGAGUGCUGGCGCUGUCCUUUUCUAAGAGUUACAUCUUCAGGACAUUCUUCAAAGUUAUGUUUCUUGUGAUUACAUUUGGGGUGUGUCAUGGCUUAAUGUUCAUCCCAGUGUUCCUGACACUGUUUGGAGUGUGUAAAUGUUGUUGA